AUGCUGGCAGUCAACUACACAUCUACCCUGAAACAGAUCAGCGAUCAAAUCGACAUCCUCGGAAGCGACCCUGCAAUAUCAAAGCCUUCAGCAAUGGCGAACAACCACAGUAACGACCUCGUCCUCAUCACAGGUGCCACCGGCCAUCUCGGCUAUGCUACCUUGAUCGAAGCACUCUCGCGAGGAUACAAUGUUCGGGCGGCCGUGCGGUCAGAGGCAAAGUUCAACGUUAUCGCUUCAGCGCCUAGUACGCAGCCUUACGUCUCCCAACUGACGUCCGUCGUUGUUCCCGACAUCACUACCCCUGGCGCUUUCGAUGAUGCAGUGAAGGACGUCAAGUACAUCGUCCAUUUGGCAUCCCCAUUGAUCCUUCCCAAUGCCAAAGACUUCGACGCUGAGAUUAUUCAGCCUGCCAUCCGAGGAACCGUCGGCAUACUCGAGUCCGCUACAAAGAGUUCAAGCGUGAAGCGCGUGGUCAUCACGAGCUCGAGCGCUGCUGUCGUGAGCGCAUCGGGCGAACCAUACACGGCUGACAAUGUUGAGGAAGACCCUAAAGGACCAUUCGAGCAUUUCUUCGUUGCCUACCUCGCCAGUAAGAAGCUGGCCUACAGCGCUACCCGCAGGUUCGUCGCGGAGGAAAAGCCGGGCUUCGAGGUCAGCAAUAUCAUGCCAAGCUUCGUCAUUGGACCCAAUAAGUUGGCUACCACACCUCAAGAGGUCGACUCCGGCUCGAACACGGUGGCCUUGACCUCAGUGCUGGGAAAGAAGAACCCAGCCGGAACCGCUCUAUUUGUUUGCCAUGUCGAUGAUGUCGCCUUUAUCCACAUCGAGGCGCUGGAGCCCAAGUAUGAAGGCAGCAGAAAUUGGGGCGUAAACUGGAAUGGACUGGAUCGGGAGAAGUCGUGGGACAGUGCGAACGAGAUCGUGAGGAAGCACUUCCCGAAGGAAGUCGAGAGUGGGUUGCUGCCAGCGAAUGGCGAGCACAAGAGCGUCUAUACUCCGUUUGACGCCAGUGCAACGGAAGAGGCAAUGGGAAGGAAAUUUAAGGAUUGGGAGACGAUGAUUGUGGACCUGGUUGGUUACUACGUCAAGGUCAGCUCUGGAUCUGCCAAGAACGGUGCGUCUCUUUAG